AUGGAUUGGUUAAGUGCUCAAAGAACAUGUGGACAAAUGAGUGAUUCAACGAAUAAAACAAGUAGAUUACUUGAAAUGAAUAAUCUCGAUGAAUAUUAUUUCAUUCAAAAAUAUAUGACAAAAAUAUUAACAAAUAAUCAAAUGAAAUUAGAAGUGAAUAAUAGUAAAGGAGUACUAUCUAGUACAAUUGCAUUUAUUGGUAGUCUAGGACUAAAAAGUUCAACAGCAAGAUGGACCUAUCGUUGGGGAAAUAAAUCGUCUAAUACAUAUACAAGUACUAAUCCAAUGUGGUGUAAAGAAAAACAUUGGGAUUCAAUAAUAUUUCCAGCUGAACCAACAUGGGAACAAGAUGACAUAAUUAACACAACUUUUCAAGCAUUAAAACGAUGGAAUGAUACAAGUGAUGGAUGUCUUGUUUCACUUUUAUUAACAAGUAAACAACCAUUUCUUUGUGAAAUCGUCGGUGAACCAGGAAGAUUUAAUAAUCAAUCUACUACAUCUAUUAUUUCUUCAACUACAUCAAAUAUAAUAUUAUCGACAACAACUAAACAAACUAUUAUUAGUGAUCAUUCAUCAUUAUUAAUCUCUCAACAAUUAUCAACAUCAUUUUUUAGUAGAACUACAUCAUUAAAAUUGAAUUUGACAAAUGAAGAAUCAGGUUUAAAAAAUAAACGAUUAUUAUUUAUUAUUAUUGGAAUUAUUGGUAUUGUUAUGGUAAUAAUUAUUUUUAUAAUUAUUAUCAAUAUUAAACAAAAGAAAAAAAAUCCAUCCAAAGAUUUAAAAUCAAAUAAUAAAAAAUCUUCAUCUAGUUCGAAAAUUAAUAAAAAAAAUAUCGAAGAUUUACAAUCAAAUGAUUCGUUUGAUUCAGAUUUAACAGCUGAAAGUACUACUCAAAAGUCACUAAAAUCAAAAGGGUAA